AUUUUUGGCAGGUACGCAUUCAACAUUAUCUUCAACAUCAUUAACAAGAGCACGCUCAACACGUUUCCGUGCCCAUGGUUCAUCGGAACUUGGCAACUUAUCGCCAGUGGUCUGUUCAUGGCCUUGUUGUGGGUGACCCGGCUCCAUCCGGUUCCCGCCGUGGACGCCAAAUUCUUCGCCGCGCUUUUGCCGGUGGCGCUUUUCCACACGGUGGGGCACAUCGCCGCGGUGGUUUCCUUCAGCCAGAUGGCGGUGUCCUUUGCGCACAUCGUCAAGAGCGCGGAGCCCGUGUUCUCCGUGGCCCUCAGCGGCCCGCUGCUCGGGGUCACCUACCCCUGGUACGUGUGGGCGUCCCUUCUCCCCAUUGUGGCCGGCUGCUCCCUGUCGGCCAUGAAGGAGGUGAGCUUCGCCUGGAACGGAUUCAACAACGCCAUGAUAUCCAACCUGGGCAUGGUGCUCAGAAACAUUUACUCCAAAAAGUCAUUAAAUGAAUACAAGCACAUUGACGGGAUCAACUUGUUCGGGCUCAUCUCCAUCGCCUCCCUGCUGUACUGCCUACCGGCCGCCCUGGUACUGGAGAGCGGCUCCUGGGGGGCAGCCUGGCAGGCGGCUGCGGGGAAAGCGGGGCAGCAGGCCACACUGCAGCUGCUGCUGUGGGGGGGUGUCUUCUACCACCUGUAUAACCAGUUGUCGUACAUGGUACUCGACCAGGGUAUCAGUCCGGUCACCUUCAGUGUGGGCAACACCAUGAAGCGGGUGGCGGUGGUGGUGUCCUCGGUCGCGUUCUUCCGCAACCCCGUGUCGCCGCUAAACUGGGCGGGGUCCUUCAUCGCCAUUGCGGGCACCUACCUGUACUCGCUGGCUACGGACCGGUACGCGGCGGAGAAGAAGAAGAAGCAAACGGCAUGA